CAAGCCAGUAUUUUUAGCCAUUCUCGUCCUUAGUUCCUUCCAUACGUAUCGAUAAUCAGUCCUGGACACUACCCGUAAUUCAGUUGUUAUUGUUUCUGCGCUUCUCUAUAUAUUUGGCGGUUUCGGUUUCAAUUUCCCGCGCUACGUUUGUUAAUAUUUAAUCCUGGCGCCGGAAUGAGCAGGAUUCAAGUGAAUUUAAACGCGUACCCUACUUGAACAAUACUAUAUACUAUUUUUUACUCCCUUAAUUGUUAAUAAAUUGAAUUUUUGGACUAGUGAUGAUCAAAUCGGAAGAGAGAAAUGUAAAAUCGGCAGUGGCAUGGGCUGGAUCCGAUAUAAUCAUUAAAAUUUGUACGCCUUUCGAGUCAGAAGUACUGCAAGAUUUAGACGAUGGGUUGGAUUUUAUUGAAGGACAAGGAGAAGAUUUUGAGAGAGCAUUAGAAAGUACAGGAUUUGGAAAAUUCCAUUUUUCUUUACUGGCAGUAUGUGGACUGAUCUACCUCAACACUGCGGUGGGGAUCACCAUCAUAUCAUUUGUUUUACCAUCCGCGACAUGCGACUUUCAAAUGUCAUCCUCAGACAAGGGAUGGCUCACGGCAGCUCCGAUGUUUGGCAUGUUAAUUGGUUCGUAUUUUUGGGGAUGCCUGGCUGACACGAAAGGUAGGAAAACCGUCCUAAUCGCUGCCUUAAUUAUGGAUGGAAUCUGUGGACUACUAUCCAGUAUUUCCCAAGUCUUUUGGCUGUUCAUGUUCCUCAGGUUCUUAAAUGGCUUUGCUAUUACUGGAGCCAUGGGUAUCUGUUUUCCAUACCUUGGAGAAUUUCAACCAGGAAGAUAUAGAGAGACCAUUCUAUGUUGGAUGGAGUUAUUUUGGACUCUUGGUGUGAUCGUAUUGCCAGGUAUUGCCUGGAUUAUUAUUCCUAUGGAGUUCGAAUACAUUACGCCUAGCUUUAAGUUUGCCAGUUGGAACCUGUUCGUAGCCACUUGCGCCGUGCCCAGUAUUUUGAUAGGGAUGUGGCUGUUCUUCUUUCCAGAAAGCCCAAAGUUCCUGCUGGAGUGCGGUGAGCCCGAUGCCGCUUUGGAAGUGCUGAGGGACAUGUACUCCAGUAACUAUAGUGAUGACGGAGCUAACUUUCCAGUAACAAGCUUGCGAGAAAAAGUCAGAACCAUGAGCGUAGUAUCCCAACAGUCCACUCGAAGCAUUCGAAGCCUAAGGAUACGAAAACCCAAAGAACUUAAACUUCUUCUCCAAGAAAUCUGGGAACAAACCAAAGCUCUUUGCAAGCCACCACACUUGCGUUACACAGUGAUAACCUGCGCCAUUCAGUUUGGCCUGACAACAAGCUACUACACUUUGAUGAUCUGGUUUCCUGAACUGUUCUAUCGUUUUGAAGAGUUCGAAAGUGUACACCCCAACGAAAAAGCUACAGUGUGCGAAGUGUCUUCUGUAGUCCUCUACCCAGGUAACAGUACGGGUACUGGUGGUGUGGAGGAGUUCUGCGGGGAACCGAUAGCAGAUUCUGUGUUCCUGCACACUUUAAUCAUUGGACUGGCUUGUAUACCUACCAGCUUCUGGCUGCCUUUGUGCGUGCAUAGGUUGGGAGCGAAGUUUUUUCUGGUUUUCAGCCUUUUGGUUGCCGGUUCUGUGACCAUCGGACUGUAUUUUGUUAAUUCAACCAACUCCAACUUGGCCUUGUCGUGUAUUUUCGAGGCUCUAACCAGUUUGGGGAUCAGUACUGUGUACUGUGUGAUGGUUGAUCUGUUUCCAACAAAUUUAAGGGUAAUGGCAGCAGCUUUAUCCUUGACUUUUGGAAGGGGUGGAGCCCUAAUAGGUAACCUACUAUUUGGAUUUCUCAUCGACUUAAACUGCGUCGUGCCAAUAGUACUUUUCGCAGCCAUGCUUUUUGGAAGUGGAUUGCUGUGUUUACUUUUACCCAAUACAGGAGGAGGUGCCUUAGAGUAAAUUCAAAAACAUUGCAUUUUUGUAUAGAUUUUUCAAUACUGCCGAGUUUUCCUCUGAAACAUGAAAAAGAGAGGAAAUGGUGCAUAAGAAACACAACAGUACCGAUAGAGUUAUACAGGGUGUCCCAGGCUGAGCUUACUCAGCCUGGAUCACCCUGUAUACGUAUAUUUUUGUAAAAUGUAUAUUGACAUUUUUUUUCUUAGUAUCUUUAUACUUUUAGACGAACACUUAUAUUGCAACUCACGGUAUUUUUUAAUGUGAUAUUAUUGUAUAUCUUGUAAAAAUAAUGCAAUAAUCUAGUUUGGAUCUUUUCGAUCUGAUAUUAUAUUUUAGGGUUAAAAUUAGAUAGUUUAUUGUUAUAUAGGUCAUAGCUAAUAGUUUGUACAAAGUGGAUGUUAUAUAUCUGAGAUAUAUUUUUGCAAGGUAAGCUAAGGGCAUAGCCCAAUGACAGUUAAGUCUCUGUUAUUUUGUAUACGACAUGUUUUU